AGCUGUCAUGUGGCCUGUUUCAUGCUUCUGGAAGCUUUCUGAAGUGUUACAAAGUGCUGUACAAAACGCCACCACACAGCCCUGAUUAUGCCCGACUGGGUUGUAUUGAACUCAGGUCUUCAUGGAUCCCUCUCGGUGCGGAUCCACGGUUCUAGAGCACUUACUUUUCAACAACAUCGCGCUGAAGAAGCUGCCGGUGGAUGACUCGGAGGAGCCCGGUUGCCGAACGGUUCCAGCAGCAUGUUUUUCCAGGAUUCGGGCUCUUCAGCCUCUGGUACGGCCGACCUUCGUGGCCCUGUCCCAGUCAGCGCUGGCCCUGCUCGGUCUCAGUAUACAGGAUGUGUUGGGUACCCCCCUGGGACCGGAGUAUUUGAGUGGUUCCAGGCUGUUGCCGGGCUCCGAGCCGGCUGCGCACUGUUACAGCGGGCACCAGUUCGGCUUGUUUGCGGGACAACUGGGAGAUGGAGCUGUGAUGUACCUGGGGGAGGUGGACACGGGUACCAAUGGGAGAUGGGAGAUUCAGGUGAAGGGCGCAGGAGUCACACCUUACUCCAGAGAUGGUGAUGGCAGGAAGGUGCUCCGCUCUAGCAUCAGAGAGUUCCUGUGCAGCGAGGCCAUGGCCGCCCUGGGCAUACCCAGCACCCGUGCAGCCUCCCUCGUGACCUCUGACCUCUAUGUCAGCAGAGAUCCACUCAACAGUGGCAGGCGCGUUCCUGAGCGCUGCUCAGUCGUCCUGCGUCUCGCCCCUUCCUUCAUCAGAUUUGGAUCUUUUGAGAUCUUUCUGGGCCGAGAUGAGUUCUCAGGUCUGCAGGGUCCCAGUGCAGGCCGGCAUGACAUUCGUGCUCAGCUGCUGGAUUAUACCAUUGAGACUUUUUAUCCUUGGAUCCAGCAGACUCAUAGCAACCGUAAAGAGAGGAAUAUGGCUUUCUUCAGAGAGGUGAUGAGGCGAACUGCUAAACUAGUGGCCCAGUGGCAAUGUGUUGGCUUUUGCCAUGGCGUCCUUAACACAGACAACAUGAGCAUCUUGGGUCUUACUCUGGAUUAUGGGCCCUUUGGUUUCAUGGACAGAUUUGAUCCAGAUUUCGUUUGCAACAAGUCGGACAAAAGAGGGCGCUACUCUUACCAAGCCCAGCCAUCUGUGUGCCGCUGGAACAUGGCUCGCCUGGCAGAGGCGUUGGGCUCUGAGCUGGAUGCAGCUGAGGCAGGGGCUGUGCUGGAUGAAUUCGAGCCCACAUACGACGCAUUCUACCUGAGUAUCAUGAGGAAAAAGCUGGGCCUUGUGAGAAAAGAAGAGGCAGAGGACCGAGAGCUCAUAUCAGACCUACUGCGCCUCAUGCACAACACUGGUGCAGAUUUCACCAAUACCUUCCGCCUGCUGAGCCGUGUCCCCUGGCCUGAGGAGUGCGUCAGUGAGGGGGCCACAGUGGGACCAGUAGUGGACCUCAUCCUAGAGCAGUGUGCCUCUAUUGAGGAGCUAAAGGUGGCUAAUAAGCCAACUAUGGAGGACCGUGAACUGGCGAUGAUUCUGUCCAUGGCACAAACCAACCCAGUCAUGUUUGGGAUGGUGGCAGACACGCCAGCUGUGUCCCAGCAACUGGAACGCAUGGGACGACUAAAGGAGCUGCUCGAGACGGACGAGUAUGAGCUUAAGAAGAAGCAACGUGAUGACUGGAUUCGCUGGGUUAGCCGAUACAGGAGGCGUUUAGCCAGUGAGUGUGGUGGCACAAGUGACUUGUUUCUCAUCAAAAAGGAAAGGCUCAGUGUGAUGAACAGCACCAACCCUCAAGUCGUACUGCGCAACUACAUCGCCCAGAAUGCAAUUCAGGCUGCAGAAAAGGGAGACUUCACAGAGGUCAGCACGGUCCUCAAAGUUCUGCAGAAACCAUAUUCUGAUGAAUUUGGGCUGGAGCUGCUGGAUGGACCCAGUACAUGUGGCGAAAAGGAGCAGACAGAGAGGGAACUAACUGCUGCCUACAUCAGGAGACCUCCUGCCUGGGCACAAAGGAUUUGUAUCACCUGAUCCUCAUAGAGCCUUCCAAACAGGUCAAGGAGAGAGGUCUGGUUCCACUGGUGGAUCAUACAAGCUUCAGUUUUCAAAGCAAACAACACUGUUGUUCCUAUGAGAACUGUACUGCUGCUGCUAUUGUCUGCCACCUCAGACUUUUGUCCUGCUUCCUGAAAGGAUGUUAUGUUACCCAGUGUAUUCCAGUUUCAUCAGUGAUUAUUAUCAGUGAUAGAUUAUUGUUUGUGUGAUCAUGAUGUUUUAAGCUCUUGAAUACAUAGACUGUUAGACUGUAAAUUUAACAGAAUGAUCACCCUUACAACUAGUCUGUGGAUUUGCUGAUGAUGUAUGAUGGCUCAGAUAACCAGUCACACAGUGACCUUUCUGGGUCUGAAACACCAGGAGCACACUGACUGGAGAUCAACCUGUCAAUCACAAAUAUGAGCAAAAUGACUACCAUUCAUUUCUCAAAGCUCCUGUAGAUAGAAUAGAUCAAAUGAUUGUUGGUAUUUUUCCAACUCUUUAUAAAAGUUUGAAAUAAAAGAUCAUGUUGUUUAA